AUGGUCCCCACGAGCGCUGUAACGACCAAGGAGAACAAUGGUCGGGAUCAGGACUCAAACACGUCGACCGCGAUCGACGAGCCAAAGACUGAGACUGCACUCGGCGGAGCUCCAGUCAUGCGCUCGCUCUCCGCGCACCCCCUAUUGUCGCCUCGCGCCAGAGGACUCAAGAUCAGGAUCAUGCGCUUCACACCGAGUUGGUUCUCUGUAACCAUGGUCAGUCAAAAAUAUGAACAUUUUACUCCGUAGUAUUGUCUGAAGACGUACUGAAUGUGCCUCGCCGCCUCCCUUUUUCCCCAGGGUACGGGCAUCGUCAAUACUUUGCUCUUUGACCUACCCUGGGACGAGACCCACGCCGCAUUCCGCGCGAUCGGUGCCGCCUUCCUCGUGCUGGAUAUUAUCCUCUGGGUCGUCUUUUUGCUCCUCACCGUCUCGCGCUACAUCAUGUACCCGAGGUUUUUCACCGCCAUGGUCACGCACGAAACCCAUUCGCUUUUCCUCGGCACCAUUCCCAUGGGGCUCGUCACGAUCGCAAGUGGGAUCGCUAGGACAGGGUCCGAGUAUGGGGUCGCGCACUCACUCAACAUUGGCAUCGUCCUGUGGUGGAUUGCGAAUGGUCGGUAAAGAAUAGCCGUAUGGUCCUGGGCAAUCAACUAACGCAGUGUACCGGUCCCCUCGCAGUUAUGAGCAUUGCUACGGCCUUUGGUGUGCCAUGUAAGUCCUACUCAACUUCACACUCUCAACAGAGCGAUAAAACUGAUGCUUCGUCUUCCAACACCACAGGGGUCAUGUUCACGAAGCAACAGCACGCGACAGAGACCUUGACCGCCGCAUGGCUACUGCCCGUCGUGCCGACAAUUACCCAAGGUGCCGUGGGCUCGUCGUUGUGUCGCCUCCUCUUGGAGGACAACCGCCUCGACUAUGCCUUUACAAUAUGGAUCAUUUCUUACAUCAUGACCGGGAUUGGAACGCUCUUGGCGAUGGGACUGCUGGUCUUGUACUUGCAGCGAUUGGUGCUGCAUCGGUUGCCGCCGAGGGAGGUCAUCAUUUCGACCUUUUUGCCGCUGGGACCCUGUGGACAAGCCGGGUUCGCUUUGAUCGAAUUGGUAAGUUAUAUUAUUGAAGUCACAUUAUGCGGUGUCUUCCCAGGUAUAUCUAGCCACUGACUCUUGGUUACGCUUCCCUUCAGGGUCGAGAUGCGGUCGACAUGCUCCCGAGGAUAGCGAGCAUGUACCCAGAUCGGGAGGGAUUGCAACAACUCGCGCUGCUGGGAGCGCCGCUGCUCGGUGCCGGGCUGUUGACGGCGCUCGUAUUCUGGGGGUGAGUCUCAACUCACACAGAAAGGAUAAAUUCUAGAGUCUCUCUGCGGAACUAACAUGAUUUUAUAUGUUCUAUUUAUGAUGCAGUCUCGGCAUUUGGUGGGCGUUCAAUGCUUUUACCAGCGUCGGCACCGAUUUGUUCAAGCGACGGAUAGCAUUCAAUAUGGGCUUUUGGUGAGUGAACAAUGACUACCACAUGGGGCAACAGGAUAUUCUUAAUGAUGUUGAAUCGUGUUGCGCAGGGGUUUGACCUUCCCCUUGGGUUCGAUGACACUGGCAACUUUUUCAUUGGCGAGGCUCUUUGACUCGAAUUUCUUCUCGUGAGUCUCGGGUCAACAAGUCAUAUGAGCAAGGACUGACCCAAAAAUACAACAUCCGGCAUGAAUAUAGUGUGCUCUCGGCCAUCAUGACCUUUGCGGUCACAUGUUUGUAAGCCGACCUUGCCCUAGCUCGCUUUUCAGAGUCGAUCUUUCCCGAGGGUCGUCCACCCUCCUCCUAUUCCUCCCGAGCCUCCAACGAGGAAACGUUCCGGCUUCUACCCUGAUCGAUCCGAACACUUGA